AUGGGAUCCAAAUGUGGACUGGAUGAAGUGCCAAGACAGUUGCGCCAGCUGCUACACCGUAUUCCUGUUGGAUACUCCUCCGUGUAUCUGAACGAGCUGCAGCCAAGUAGCCAACAUCUUUUUCUUGCUGCUUGCAUGACAAAGGCCCGCCAGAAGUUAAAUGGGAGUGCGGAGAAUAAGUUAGGCAUCUCUGUUUCUCGACAGAAUGUCAGUUUUCAUCCAUCUGUCCGAGCGUCACGUUUGAACGGAGUGGAGGCCAAACAACAAGGGGGGAAAUCCUCUCCAAGUACGUCAGUGCCUAUGCUACAACGCAUGGUAUCCGAAUUACGGCUACCGAAGGGGUCGAGUGGGAGGUUAGAGGCGUACCGGACUUCCCAUCCCACAAUACUGACGAAUCCGCACCUUUUUUUAUUAAUUGUUCCGCGUUGGAUGUUCGACGACGAGGGAGGAGAAAACGAGGGGCAGCGCACCGUGGAGUCCGUUCUGCAACGUCAUCUUGUGAAGGUAAACAAGACGCUAUAUUGGCGGGAAGGGGAGCCAUCGCAUGGAGAUAAGGAUGCGGCGACGGACACACCCGAUGUCAUGUUGGAGACUAUAUGGGGUUGCACCACUUUGCAGUUGUGUCAGGCGGCAAAGGCUGCCGCGUCGCGUGGGUGCCGUUUGUUCCUCUUAAGUUAUCCCCGGCAGCGUAUGCUAUCAAAUGAGGGAUUGCUGGUACGGGAGUUGGGCGGCUGGUGCCCCUCUGCGUUCUGCAACUUUCAAUUGGAUGUACGUUCUGUGGAUCUAGAAGAUGCCUCGAGGCACUCUUCUUCCCUGUCACUUUUAGAGGAGGCACAACGCGGGUUUGGCGCUAACAUUGGCGUGGAGAAGGCAGGCAUGCAGGGUAGUUGUGGCAGCGACUCAACGAAGUAUGGUCUAGGGAACAUGGCACAGCUGGAGUAUAAGUUUCCUUUUGCUGUUGCGGAGGCGGUUGUGGAUGCGAAGCGGGAUGCUCCUGUUCCAUGGGCGCAGGUGUGUGAUGACCCUCUCACCGCGUCUUUGUUUGAGGCGCUCUACGAUCGACGGCAUUUUUGCGUGGCAGAUGCGGUGCUUUACGCAUCCCGACGUGUGGUACUGCCGUUUCUCCUCGGCCUUUCUCCAUCAUCGUCAUCGUCAUCGAAUACACUUAACGGAACAGGAGGAGGAGAAGGUGGAGGGGGCGGUGCGUCUUCAGCGGGGUUGAUGCGUUGGUCUGAGAUUCAUGCGGUGCUGCGGUGGCGUCUGUUUGAGUCGGCCUUUGGCUCUCUGUCGCAGUUGGUCCGCACGGAGGACGUGGCUGCGGUGGGCGGUGGCCUUGAUCCAUUUAUUCUCCCUCUCCACGAGACAUUUUUAACCCGAAUAUUAAUUCCCCGAAUGUCUGAGUAUUACGACGCCACCUGCAAGGGUGCGGAGGCCUCAGCGCGGCAGAAUGCGGUGACACCAGGGGACGCACGUGUCCACAACAAACCGUCCACACCUGCCACUGUCACUGUGGACAUCCUUGAAUGCUUCAACAGCCUGGCGAGCAGACGGAGGCACGGGGGCAGCGGAAGUAGCGGCGCUGACCAUAACGGCAAUGAAGUUUGCGAUGCCAACGGUGACGCUGCCGUAAAAAAGAAAAAGAAGAAGGAGCGAAAGCCGAAGAAAUUGGCCGAUGAACACAUUUCUUUUGGUGUCGAUGAUGUCCACUUUACGGUUGCGGACCUACCAGGCUUAGUGAAGUAUCUUUUGUACUUCAGCCAGCGGUUUGAGGUUCAUGGUGGUGGCACAACUCUGAAGUUCACCCCACAUAGGGGUUAA